UACGAUGGUGUUGUGGUUGAAGUAUUUGUAGAAAUUUGUGUUGAAAGUUUUCAUUUUUAUGAAUGCUACUGCUUUCGUGUAUGUUAGGAAUGUCUGGACUUCGAAGUUGGUUUUUAUGACCAAUGGGGUAAAAUGCUACUGCUGGGGACCAACUUCUUUAGCGAUCCGAAAGGAAAUACCAUAAAUAUAGAGUUUAAGGAGGGUCUUUUGGGUCAGAGACAGUUUCGUGGUGUCCAGAGCAUUCGGUCUUUUUAUAACGUCAACGAUGUUUAUUAUGUGUGUACUGUUUACUGUGGAGACCGAUUUUUUCGUAUAAGGCUUUUUGAUCUGGACUGGAAUGAGUUUGACUACCCUGGUACAGCAAGGACUUCUCUUGGAUGUAACCCUUUGUCUUCAAUAAGGUUUUUCCAAGCGUUUAGGGUGCAGUUUAUCCCAGCGACGAUGUUGAUUACUGUCCCAGAUUACUUUCAAAUAUUCUGUCGGGAUAAACUUGCGUUUCAUUACGCGAUCAAGUUGUAUGAUCCCCUGUCAAAGAUGUUUGAAAUAUAUGUCGAUACAGAUGAGAAUUUGAGGAUGGUCCUGUUUGGUUUUAGUAGGUACAUUCCAUAUUAUGGGUUGACUGGUCCGUGUUACUUACAUUUAAACUAUGUAGGAAACAAUGUAUUUCUUCAUAGGAUAUUCUCGGCUGAAGGAGUAGAAAUGGAUUAUAACAUAAAUUCGGGCAGUGCUGCAAACACCCAAGUUCCAGUUGCUGCUCCUAAUUUUGAGAAAGAAUUAAGCAAUUAUGAUGUUAAAGCAUCUUCUUUGUAUCUGGAUUCCAAAUUUGCAAAAGAAUGCUUGAUCAAGGGUCGCAAGAGCUACAGAUUGACGAAUGACCAAGCUCAAUUCUGGGACUGUAAGAUACGUUGGACGGCCAGAAGUUCGUAUGAGUGUUACUUAACCUGUGGUUGGAAGAAGUUUUGCAAAGAAAACGGAUUGGCUGCUGGUGAUCGGAUAAGAUUUGUUGUGGAGGAUGAAGAAAAGGGCGUAAUCCACAUAUUGAAGAAUUAGGUUACUGUAAUGCUUUGAAUAUUUUGUCUGUCAAAGUAUUACGUACAUCCUACAAACACUUAGUUUAAGUUUCGUUUUUAUGAA